AUGUUCAAAAGUUGGAGGACCGCGGACAAGAGGCACAACGACCCCAUGAUCUCAUAUGCAUGCGACGACGACAUCAUGCCCUACCACUUUGAAAUGUGCGCUUUCGUCGGUGGCGUUUCACGCAACCCCUUUGUGCCGAUGCUCGAAGAGGAAGAGGGCCACUGUCCGAAGCGAGCUCGUACCGACGACUUGAACCUCGAAUACCUCGAUCCCGAAACCGCGUCGGCGUUUGAUUCAUACAAUUUAGAUGUGUCGAAUAAGCCCCAUUAUACAAGUGAUACUCCACAUGAACCCGCGCGUGAGCCGGAGAGCCGCGAGAAAUCGCGUUGCGACAAGGAACCGGACACCAGGGAUCAAAACUCGAAGAAUCUUGACGUCGUACAAGCCAAGCCUCUGCACGCCUGCAAUUGGUCCGGGUGCAGUGACAGUGCUUUCACAUCUAGGGAUGGUCUCAACUGGCAUGUUAAAGCAGAGCACCUUCUCAUCUGUCCUGCUCUGGGCUGCUGCGAGAGCAACUUCACGAGCGAGGCCGCCGUCAAAACCCAUCUCCAGCUCGUCCAUGGGGGCGAAAGCGCCGACUCGCAAGCCUCCAAAAUGGAAAAAGAUGAAAAACAGACAGGUUCCCGCCAAAGCCAGGAGGGACUCAUUAAAAGCGCCAACAAUGAAGCCGCAGGUGUCAACCAAAAGGCCAAAAGCCCUACCGAAACCAAGCAAGUCUGUGAAAGUCGGGACGAGAUAGAAGCUGCCAAAACUCGAUGCAGGGAGCAGCUGGACCGUAUCAUGAAAAAGCGGGCUGCGAGGAAGCAGCGACUGUCAAACACUGUCGAUGCCAAUGCAGGCAACCCUGGAUCGGCCGCGCCAGAAAUGUCACACGUCCAGCUCGAGGUGCCGAGCUUUCCACUCUUAUGGGAACACUGCAUUUUGCCAUUCUUGGUUGAGUUUCUCCAGACACGGUGCGGGCCUGGCCAUGUCAUUAGUGUGUGCAAAGGCACCAAGGGACAGCACCCCAAUUCCCGCCGCAUAUGUCUAAUGACCAAAGACGAAAUCUCCCCGACCACAAAAGAUGCAAUCAAGGAGCACGUGAAGGAUUUGCUGCCGCCCUUGUACAAAUCGCACGCCACGUUCGAGUUCUCCAGAGGAAAAGUUGAGCGGCUUAUGGCAUUGGCUAGAGGCCUGAGCCAGGAGAACCCAGACGACGUAUGCUGGCCAAGAAACCCAUUUUGCUAUAUGGAGCCGUGUAUGGGCGAUAGCAUUGGUGCUGCCGAUGACGAGUUCAUAGCCACGCUGGGUCCUAGUCUGGUCGUGGACGGGGCAAACUUCUGGCUUGCAAACUUUCAUCCUUUUUUGGAAGCCUUUAGCAAGCACGAAAACGUGGCGAUAGAACACCCCUCAUGGGCAGACAGAGAGCUUUGUAGGAACGAAGGCCACGAUGCCAUGGUGAUUCCUCCCGGAGGCUCCUCAUUCAAGUUGGGAACCGUGAGGGCAACAUCGGGCUUCGAUCUCAAGACAGUUCGCGUAUCACAUGACCCCUACUGGGAGGAAUUGGACGCUGAGCCGCCUCUCGUGGUGACCGACUGGUCGCUUAUCUCAUCGAACCGACCACGACAGGCGAACAUGCUACGUAGGCUGCCGGCUGCCGCGUCAGUGCCUGUCCAGCGUGGCUCAGUUACGGUGGCAGAAACUGUCAGAAACGUUCCUGUCGUUAGGUCGGGAUCGAUUAUUCCCGGAGGUACCGUCAUCACCACAGGCCGGACCUCAGGUUAUCAGCACGGCGAGAUUUGUGAGAUCCCGGCAUACCUUUCCUCGAGUGACUUGGCCAACGGCACAGGGUAUGCGACGCGAGAGUGGUUCAUCCAAGAACCUACAUCACUUGAUGACGAAGAUGUCUGGAUUCGAGGAGGUGUGGGAGUCAAGGGCGACAGCGGAGCAGCUGUUGUGGACGCCGAUAGCAAUGAACUUAUUGGACAGCUCUGGGGUCGCAACCAGUACUGGGGAAGCGGGCCCCGACAUACCUUUUUCACUCCAAUCGCCGACAUAUUCGAUGACAUUCACGAGAAGUGUAGGCAGCAGUCACGACCAAGACUUCCUCAGUUUCAAGGAGAUUGGGAUCGGGAAUAUGUCCCCUUCGCCGUCUACCCGACCUGCAUGCGCUGUUUUGAGGGCGCCGCCUAUCUAGGGACCUGCAGCAGGCGGCCGUCCCAGGCGUCGCUGUGCAUGAAUGUAGAUGGCGGCGAGUCCUCGUCACUGCCGGCUUUGGAGGGCGGCACCAACGGUACGACGCAUGGGCAUGCGAGAGACGAUGUCACUUCGGCGAAAAGCAUCUCGGAGGUGAUAACGCCCAGCGAUACCCCUGCGACAUUUGCAAGUCCUAGGGACACCUGUUUGCAAGGACUGCAGAAAACGGUAGGAUCACCGGCGGCCCUCAGAGUCCGAAGCAGAUAUCCGCCGGUCAUUGAAGACGAAGCCCUGAAUAACGAAUUAUAG